GAAAAAACACAAACAACUAAAAGCAAAAUGGCUUUAAUAAAGUUUCCUCUCGUGGGGCUGCUUUUGCUCCUAACCAUCAUCGUCUCUCCGGCAACAGCGGAUGGACCUGUUUGUCCGCCAUCGACUAAACUAAGCCGGGCAAGUUUCCCUGAAGGUUUUUUAUUUGGCACGGCUACUGCGGCAUACCAGGUUGAAGGUGCAGUCAAUGAAACUUGUCGUGGACCAUCCUUAUGGGAUAUCUACUGCAAGAGAUAUCCAGAAAGAUGCAAUAACGAUAACGGUGAUGUGGCCGUUGACUUCUUCCACCGUUAUAAGGAAGAUAUUCAACUGAUGAAGAAUCUAAACACAGACGCCUUCAGGCUCUCUAUCGCGUGGUCAAGAAUAUUCCCUCAUGGGAGAAAGGAUAAAGGAGUGAGCCAAGCUGGUGUGCAAUUCUACCACGACCUCAUCGACGAACUCCUAAGAAAUGGUAUAAUUCCAUUCGUGACUGUUUUUCACUGGGACAUUCCACAAGAUCUAGAAGACGAAUAUGGUGGCUUUUUAAGCGAUAAUAUUGUGAAGGAUUUCCGGGAAUAUGCAGAUUUUGUUUUUCAGGAAUACGGUGGAAAAGUGAAACACUGGAUCACAUUCAACGAGCCAUGGGUAUACUCUCACGCCGGUUAUGACAUAGGCAAGAAAGCACCGGGACGUUGCUCUACUUACGUAAAUCCUAAGUGCCAAGACGGACGAUCAGGCUAUGAGGCUUACCUCGUCAGUCAUAACCUUCUCAACUCUCACGCAGAAGCCGUUGAAGCUUUCCGAAAAUGCGAAAAGUGUAAAGGUGGGAAGAUCGGAAUCGCACAUAGUCCGGCUUGGUUUGAACCACAUGACUUUGAUGAUUCACAAGAUGGUGCGUCCAUUGACCGUGCACUUGACUUUAUGAUGGGGUGGCAUCUGGAUACUACUACAUUUGGAGAUUAUCCACAGAUUAUGAAAGACAUUGUUGGACAUAGGUUGCCUAAAUUUACUAAUGCUCAGAAAGCAAAAUUAAAAAACUCGACUGAUUUCGUAGGGCUUAACUACUACACGUCGAAGUUUUCAAACCAUCUGGAGAAGCCAGAUUAUUCUAAACCAAGAUGGAUGCAAGAUUCUCUCAUAUCAUGGGAAACUAAGAAUGUACAAAACUACAGCAUCGGUAGCCAGCCUUUUACCGCUGCAAUGAACGUUUACUCGAAAGGCUUGAGAAAUCUUUUGAAAUACAUCAAGGAUAAGUACGCAAAUCCAGAGAUUAUGAUCAUGGAAAAUGGAUAUGGAGAAGAACUUGGGGCUACAGAUUCGAUUAAAAAUGGUACUGCUGAUCAUAAUAGGAAAUACUAUCUCCAGAGGCAUCUUUUGAGUAUGCAUGAAGCUAUUUGCAUCGACAAAGUAAAUGUUACAGGAUACUUUAUAUGGUCAUUGUUGGAUAACUUCGAGUGGCAGGACGGUUACAAGAACAGAUUCGGACUCUAUUACAUUGAUUUCAAAAAUAACCUCACACGUCAUGAGAAAGAAUCCGCGAAGUAUUAUAAAGGAUUCCUAAGUGAAGGGACUCGUCCUUCCAUGAUCAAGAGAGAUGAACUUUGAGUUAUAUUUGGAGAGAUUGGAUUGUUUCAAAGUUUCCUUUUUUUUUAUGUUUUAGUUUCUGGUUGACCAAGAUGUAUGAGAUCUUGGUUGGAAUAAAAGUGUUUUUCAUUUUUUUUUUCAAUUUACAUUGUCUACGUGAUUUGAAACAUCAAGAAGGUUUUUACUAUAAUAAAGUGAUCUCGUUUUUUUUGUCAA